ACUCGUUCUUAAAAAAGGUGUCACCAUGGCCAAGCAGCCGCUGGGGAAGACGCUGUUGAGGAAUGUAAUCCGCCACACAGAUGCCCACAACAAGUGAAAAAAACAGUGGCGCAAAGAAGAUUGGACGCCACAAAAUGAAAAAGUCCAAGUCUAGCACAGACGCAAGCUUAUCAAAACGAUCGAAAAAAUCCUCUCGAAAGAAGAAAAAGAAAAAGAAGAAGAAAGACGAGGAGGAAAAACGCAAGAAAGCAGAGUGCUCAAGCAGCAGCGAUAGCAGCAGCGCUACCAAAGACAAGCAGAGGAGGAAAAGGACUAAGAGUCGGCAUAAAAACAAGAAAACGGCAAAAACCAGAGGGAGAGACGAGGACAGUAGCUCAGGGGACAGCGAUAAUGAAGAAGAAAGGGAGAGGCGGACUCGCAGUCGUAAAAAGCGAAAGCAGGACUCCCACAAAGACUCAGACUCAGGGCCAAACUCAAAGAAGAAGAGGAGGAAAAACUGGAAAGCAGCAGGCGAGGAGAGCUCACACGAUAGUUCUGGAGACUGAAAUGCGCAGACGUGAUCAGGCGCUCGGCUCAGGUAAUGACCGGAAAACUACAGCUGAUUCCUUUGUCCGCCUUAACUUCACAGAGGGAUUUUGUCUGCAGGGCCGUUCUGUAUUGUAUUUAGUCAGACAUCAACAAACCUGUGCUGUCAGUCCUCUCUGUGGGUGUUCUGUGCACCAAUACCUCAUCCACCUCUGCAGGGUCUUGAAGCAUACUGCACGGCACUGCAGACAGCAUGAAGAGAGAUGGUGGGGUUAUCCACCACCUGCCUCAUGAAGAAUUCUGUCGGCUGCAGGCUCAUUGAUUUGAUCGACUCUCGCCUCAGUCUGCCUCACGAGCAGACCUCCUGUCCAGAAUGAACCAGUUUUUUUUUUUUUUUUAGUACAUAUUAAGAAGAAAAAAAGACAAAUUAUGCAACUUCCUUCAACAAUUAUGAUAGAAUGUGCAUUUGCUUUUAUUCAUGAUUUUUUCUUCAGUUUUGUAAAUUUUAAUAUUUGUAUGCAGCACAUUGUCAUAAGUGAAAAAUAAAUGUCUAUUUUGCUUAA